UGCUCCGCCAGUGCCAGUCAGUCGCCGGCCGCGGGGGACUGCGCUGCACUCUCCCCUCGACCACUCGAACGUGAUCGUUAGCCGCUAACGCGCAUACAAACAUGAUGUGACAACUUAUCAAUGUAACAGACGCUCAAAAACAAUAAUCUAGCCCCCAGUGAGGCAAGAUCUUCGAUCUUCCUCGUCCAGAGCCGUUGUGAACUUGACCUGUGAUUGUUUGUUCGAACUGUCAGUGCUGUAGAGUUGUUUAGCUUUUCGUAUCGACAACAUAACCUGUAUUCCUUCAGUGCUUCAAGGGCAUUGAUGAACAAUACGAGUUGCGCCUUGGAUAUUGCGUGGGCGCAUUCAGACUCCUUGAGAGCCUUCCUCGUGCAAUAGCAACGUAAGUGGGCGUCGUAUUUGAAAGUUUGAAAAUCGAUCGAAUGACGUGCGUACGUGGGAUUGUGUUUACGUAAUAUUUGUUUACCUUGGGAAUAUUCACACUACUCUGGAGCAUGCUGACCCCCUUCAGCCGUGAGUCGUGGUCCUUCAAAUAGAACGUUCACCGACGCCUGAGGUAUCUGGAAUAAGCCAACCACAAAUUCAGCAUUACAGACCACCAGACCGAAUGUCAGGGUCGCGGCAGUAACAUGGCGCGCGCGGGCAUGCUGCAGAGAGGAGGGAAAAAUGGAGCAGAGGGCUGCGACGACGUGCAGCGUUCCCUGGAGCUGCUGGACCAGGUGCUGAGCGAGUACGACGAGGGCGAGCCGCGGUCGCUGGAGGCGCGCUCCGAGGCCGCCGCCACGCCCGCCACGCCCGCCACGCCCGCCACGGACGACGACUCGCCGCUCGCGGGACACACGUCCGAGGAUGACGGAUAUAUGAGCAUGAACGGACGGAGGGCGAAGUUCGCGCUGGGUUUCCGUCCGACCGAGGAGCGGGAGGAGCCGGCGGCGCCCCCUUCCCCCCACUCGCCUGCCUCACCCCCCUCGCCGCCCUCCCCGCCCUCGCCCCCGUCGCCCCCCUCGCCGCCCCCGCCCGAGGAGGCCCAGCGCAUCAUAGCCACGCUGCUGCCCAAGGUGUCACCAGCUAAUUCAGGAAAACGCCCGGGGAAAAUAGAUUACAGUGAAGCAGAAGAGAAACUUGACUCCAUCAUCAGCAUCAACGGAAUCACAACUGCUACACAGACGCAAACCACAUUUCCAAAAACAAGACACCAAAGGCCUUACGGUUGGGAAAAGGAGGGAGACAGCAACGGCUUCCACCUGCAGCCGCCGCCGGCGCCGCCCUGCCGCUUCGCGUCGCUGCAGCACGGCGCGAGGCCCGACGCCGCCUGGCUCCCACCCCGCCAGGCUGCCAUCACCAAGUCCCCAAGCCUAGAGAACCCACCCGUCUUCCCCUUCAUGGGCUUCUCCACCGAAUUCAACGACAAACCCUACAAUGAACACCCCGUCACCAUAUACCCCGGACCCAACAAACAGUUCGCCAGCAAACAAUCUAUUUCCCCAACGUACAUAAUACCGAAACACUCGCCGUCAAACACCAAAAACUCGGACAGCCGCAAGAACAGCGCUAAACGAGACAGCAGGGCCGACGGGGAGGCGUUGUCGCCUAAAGGUAAAAUACCUCCGCGUACUCUCGCCGGUUCUAUGGAGAGGCAUAGAGAAGUGUGUAGAGGAUCCUCGGAGGACGUGAGCUUGAAGAGAGGCUCGAGGGGCACCGACGAAGAGCACUUCUCGGACGACUCGCUGGAGGAGUCGCCGCCGCCGCCGCCGCCGCCGCCCGCCCUCACCACGCCUUCGAAACGCAAUUCCAUUGCUUGGGAAGUGUCUCUCGAUGGUGAUGAUCCUCUACUGACGCCUGGAAGCACUAAGGUAAUUGGCAGACGAAGAAGAAAAUCUGGAGAUUUGUCGCAUUCCAGCACAAGUUCUAUUCCGCAACAAGACGAAGAAUGGGGUGAGGAGUUCUGGCCGCCGCCGCCGCCGCCCGCGCAGUGCGAGCCGCUGGCCUCGCCGCUCUCCGACGCCGACUCCGAGGGCCGCCGCGCCCUCGACCUCACCACCGGCACCUAUGUCAUUAGGAAGGGCAAAAACAGGAAACAGCUACCCAGUUUCAACAAAACCACACCUAGCAAACCGAGCAAUACGAAUAAUCUUCUACAGAGUCAUAGUUUAAAUAGAAGCUUAGAAACGGAUAAAUCCAUGAACGGGUCGAGUACCUCCAUCAGCGGGUCGGGCUCGGUGGGGUCGUACGCGUCGCGGCGCAGCUCCGACCUCAGCCUGCCGCAGUCGCGCUACAGCGCCGACCUCAACUCCCGGCUCAGCCGUGAGCUCAACACGCCCAACUCUAGAUAUAGCAUAGAUCUCUGCACCCCGACUUCUAGAUUAAGUAAGGAGCUGACGUCGCCAAAGUCUAGACUGAGUUUAGAUCUGAACAAUGGACCCGACCGCUACGCGGCUACGGAAUAUUUCGGACACAGUCCAAAGAGUAGAAAGACUCCGGCGAGCGACAAAAGCGUCCAUUCUUCUAAAAGUAGCGUGCUGCAGAAUAAAUUAUCACCGCAGAACAGAUUUACAGAUUUCAAAAAGUAUUCUUCUACGUUUGAUAACAUACAAUCGUUAAUGAAAGAAGGGAAAGUGGAGGAGUCCCCGGCGGCGGAGUGCAGCGAGAGCGUGCCGGAGCUGGCGGGGGCGGGCGCGGCGCGCGGGGGCUCGCGGUCCCCCCCGCCCGCGCCCGCGCCCCGCGCCGCCUCCCCGCCUCCGCCCCGCGCCGCGCGCAUCACCACCGUGCAGGAGGAGGACGACCCGGACGCCGCCGACCCCGCCUCCAGCGGAGAAACCUCGCCGCUCAGGAAAAUCGAAAAUAAUAUUAGCGCUAUUCUUAAUCAAGGACGGGACCAAAAAGUUUUUACCCCCUACAUACCGAAAGACUGGAAUAUACAUAAGGACGAAUAUUGUGAUGAUGUGUCGAAAAAUAUAUUAGAAAACAAUUACCGUUAUAGUUCUAGGGAGAGACAGAAGAGGCACGACAUUCAGAAGUCAUCGAGUCACAAUGAGAUACAGACGCAGCGGUCGAUGGACCGUCGGGACCGUUCGUCGGGGAGGCGUACUAAUAGUAUGCACAAGUCGACGAGUGCGAAGGACGUGCCGGUGAUGAUGCGCGCGCCGUCGUCGUCGGACUCGGCGGUGUCGAGCGGGGACUUCCCUCUGCACGUGCAGGUGGUGGAGCACUACCCCCCGUCCCCCGCCCCCCGCGACCGCGGCCCGCUGCCGCUCUCGCCGGACUCGCCCAAGUUCCCACCGCUGCCGCCCUCGCCCGUGCAGGAGGUGGACGAUGAGUACACUGAGAUUAUGCAACACCCCAUGGACAGAAGGCAACCGAAGAAAUGUGAUACUCUGCCGACUCCGACCAUGGAAUUAAGAAGAAGGCCUUCAGAGCCGCCAGCAGUGCCUCCGCAUCGGGAAGUGCCGUCCACCAACAGCCUCAAGACCAGGUCCAUGGAGGGCGGCUACAGCAAGAACCGCAGGAGCAGCAACUUCAAGAGCGGCUCCACCGACAGAAGAACACUACCUACAGACAUGGGAGCGAGCGGCGCGCGGCGGCGCACCCUCCAGCGGCAGAAUCGCGAGGCGAUGGCCGCGGCAGGCGUGCGCGGCCCGCUACAGACCUCGGCAAGCCUGCCCGAGACACCCGUGUUCGCGCGAGGCUGCGACGUGCCUCGCACCCCGCCGCGCAACUCCACCGGCCCGCCGAGGAAUAAUACCAUGAGCUCGAUACAGUCUAUAGGAAGCAGUGUGACGCUGGGCGGCUACGGGCGCGGCGGGUCGCUGCUGGGCCCGGGCGGCGUGGCCACGGGCGCGGACCUGCUGAGGAUGGGCGGGCCCGCGCGCGGCUGGUACCCUAGACAACGACACCGGCCGGCUUCCAUCGAGCACCUGGACCGACUAACAGCGUCGGCGAAGGGCGCGGAGGGCUGGGACGGCGCGGCGGCGCGCAAGCCGCUCACGCUGCCGCCCAACAUCACGCCCAAGUUCUUCCAGAAGUCGCCGCGAGAGGCGCUGCGGAGAGUCACCAGCUUACUAAUACGGAAGGGUAAUAACGGCAAGGAGAAGGAAAAUGCGCGGAGUAAGGAAGCCACGUCGCCGGCUGCUCGCUCCGCUAACGGAGAGGAUCACCCGGGCCAGAAACAAAGAAAAGGAUUCUUCAGGAGUUUGUGGAAGAAAUCUCGUCAUUACUCGCUGGAACACCCUUGAAACAAUUACGUCCCGCAGCGUUUGAGCCCCUUCCAUUCAACUAUGAGUGUUACUAAACUAUUGCAUCGUACCUACCAAUGUAAACGACUCUUUGAUAAACAUUUUUACCAUUAACUCAGUUAUGUAACGAUUAUUCUAUAUUUUUUAGGAUUGUAUAUAAUAAUGUAUUGUUAUUUCCUUUUGUAAGAACUCGAGACAUCAAUAAUGAUUGUAGUAACGUGCCCAUUGCAAACCUUAGGUACCUAUAUCGCUAUCACAAUGAAAUAUUACGCAUACCUACA